AUGGCUACUAUAGCCAAUGUCAGCGCCAAUAUUACUCGAUCUUCUUGUGAAUGGAUACUAAUAUAUGAAGUUGGUGGCAAGGUGAGGCUGUGGGAUAUCUUGAUGCUAGUUCCUAGCGGCCUAUUUCUAGCUUUUCUACUUCUAAAGUUUCGAUUUGCUCAUCGCCGUUUAAAAUCCAUGAGAAGUCCAAUCUUUUCGACUUUCUUUGGCAUGGUAAUGAUGGUUGCAUGCGCUAGUGUUGCUAGAUGCGUUGUUUCCAUGACUGUUUCUAGUUCUGGAGUUGGUUAUAUAGCUGAUAAGAUACUGUGGCUAAUUGUUCGAUUCUUGUUACUGGUCGUUGAAUUGAGUGUCAUCACAUUUGGGUUAGCAUUUGGUCAUUUAGAUAGUCGUGAGAGCAUAAAGAGAGUUCUAAUUGUAACAGCUCUUAUUUCACUGGCUUUUUCUACCACACAGGGUGUUUUUGAGUUCCUGUACCAUAGUACUUAUGACGUUAAUAUCCACGUUGGUAAAAAAUACCCCUUUUUCGCCCACGGAGGAAUGGAUUUUUGGUUUGGAUACUCUAGCUUCUUCUUUGCGGCUUAUCUUUUCAUUUUUUUGCUACCUUAUACAUCUGCUAGCCAACGAUGGGCAUUACCAAGUAAAAGGUCCUUCUAUGUUUAUGUUAUGUCCUUAUCAAUGCUGAAUUUAGUCCAAUCAAUUGGUUGUUGCUUGCUUCUAAACAACCUUUACCAAGGAUUAUGUGUCGUGGAUGUAACGUCCUUCCUGUACUUUAGUGGGUAUGCCCCUCUCGUGUAUAUGACUUUCCUAAAAGACUGCUUUAGUCUACGACGACCUACUGCAACAUAUGAUGAUCCAGGAGUUAUCGUUGGCGAUAGUAGCACUAAUACCUACUCAUCUUUAAAAGAUGAAGUAGUAUUUCCGAACAAUUCCAGUAAAUGGUACUCUAAUGAGAACUCCGAUCAAGAUCCGAUAAUAGUACAAAGUAAGCCAUUCCAGGCAGAUCAAGAUGACUGUAAUUCGGUUAUGAAUAACCCUAUCAUGUCUUUAGCAAAAAUAUGUAUUUAUGCUGUUAUGGAAGAUGAAGUGACUCUCGAUGUCAUCACUUUCUCUUUAAAUUUAUUGUUAUUUUGCACACUGACUGACAAUUUAUCACGAUUACCAUAUUCCGAAGCGAUACUAGAAAGCAUAGCAUUUGUAAAUAGAUACGCCAUCGUUCAGUUCACUUGA